AUGGAUCAUCCAUAUAGUGUGCCCGUUAUUUCAACGGAAUUACGACGUGCUGAAUUUGUUAAACAAUUGGCUGAUGUCUUCGAUCAUAUGGACCAAAUCAGUCAAGACAUGUUCAAUCGAAUAACUAUUCGUUUAAAUAUGUAUCGUCAACAAUUGAAUAAAUUUGAUGAAAAAAUCAAUAAUGUGAAUUUACAUAUUGAACGUAUACGUCAGUUUAAACGAGCAACUCAAAUUCAUUCUAGUUCACGUUAUCCUGUUGAACAAAAACGUUCGAUCUAUAAAUCCAUAUUUGAAGAUAAUGAUAGAAAUACUAACAACUAUGAAAAUUAUUUGACAUUACAAUGGAAUUCAUUUAGAUUAAGUGAUGAUGAUAAAUUUUAUGAUGUUAACGAUAAAGAUUCAAAAGCAAAAGAUGAAACAUUUGUUAUAUCGAUUAAUAAUGAUAAUUACAUUCAAAAAACAAAAACAAAUAAAUUACACGGUCUUGGAAAACCCUCGGCAAACAUCAAAUCAGUCGUAUCAUUUUUAAAAUAUAAUACACAAGAAAAUCCCUAUACGCAGCCCACAAAAAUUGAUCCAUUAUCUGUUGCUGGUAAAAUGAGAAAACAUACUGAAGAACAAACACAAUCGCGUAUUGGAGAAACACCGUUACCUGCGUUUUAUCAAUCUAUGUCUGCGCUAUCAGGACUUAGUGAAAUAGAAUACAAUCCCGUUUUAGGCGCUGUUCCAACGUUAUCUCUUCCUGAUAAUUUGGAAUUGCCAAAUUUUGCAACAGAUCUGUAUCAAGAAUGGACAAUGGAAUCAAUCGCUCCGUCGUCAGCAAAUUUAUUACCAGAUAUAAAAGAUCUGACAUCUAAUUCAGUUAUUACUACAGCUACUCAAGCGCCACCUCCUUCAAUUGUUUCUGACGUACCGGCAAUUAUUCCACUAGUACAAUCUACCAUCUCCACCAUUCCACCACCACCUCCACCCUCUCUUCCAACAGAAUCUCUUCAAAAAAGCGUUCUUGCACCUCAAGCACCACUACCGCCUCCAACAACAGUUGAUAACAAUACGAACGAGCUUGAAGUUGAAAGCAAAGUAAAUCAAACACAAAGUAUACCAACAGCAACUAGUACUGGGAAUCCAUUGUUGGAUGCAAUACAAAAUUUUAAAAAAGAUAAUUUACGUAGUGCUCAAGAUAAAAAAAUGAGUAAACGAGCAGAAGAGGAAGCAAAAGAUGCACCUGAUCUAUUGAAAAAUCUUCAAAAACAAUUAGAAAAACGACGAUAUUUUGUGGCUGGUGGACCCGACGAAUCAAAGCGACAGGAAAAAAAAACAGCAACUAUGGCUGAUGAGAUAGCUGGUAAACUAGCUCUACUUCGACAAGGAAUGAAAAAGAACAAUGAUGACGAUGAUAACAAUGAUGAUGCUGAUGAUGAAGCAGAUUGGGAACAAUGA